CUGCUUCUUAUAUAGACCGUCGACUACGUGCGAAUCGCCGACUCGCUGCACCUUCCCUCCAUCCCAACCACCACCCCGCACAAGGCUGCUUUCGCCGCACUGCGAUCACGAAUCCCGAAAAGGGAAGAAAGCGAUAACCACUACGGGAUAUAUUGUAUAUAGAUCGGGGCCGAAAAAAAAAAGCAAUACUCGCUAGUGUCUAUUAUCAUCAGAGGUGAAACCCCCAGGAUCUUCGACGCCCGAUUUAUAACAGGAGAGAGAGCGAAGCGAAGCAAAGCAAGGCCAUAUCAUAACACUCUACGCGCGCGCGCAACAACGAUACGAUACGAUUUAUACUCCGGUUUCGAUUCCGAUCCCUCCUCCCUCGAAAACAUACUCCUGCCCCAUACCGUCCGAUAAAUGGCUUCACAACCGCAACGGCCCAAGGUCCAGCCUUGUCGAUACAAAACCGGAAAGACGCUAGGAGCUGGCUCCUAUUCCGUCGUGAAGGAAUGUGUGCAUGUCGAUACGGGUCGGUAUUAUGCGGCCAAAGUUAUCAAUAAGCGGUUGAUGUCUGGUCGGGAACACAUGGUUCGGAAUGAGAUCGCAGUGCUGAAGAGGGUGUCGAUGGGUCAUCAGAAUAUUUUGACUUUGGUCGAUUAUUUUGAGACUAUGAAUAAUCUGUACCUUGUCACCGAUCUCGCUCUCGGAGGAGAGCUGUUCGACCGCAUCUGCCGUAAAGGCAGCUACUACGAGUCCGACGCUGCAGACCUCAUCCGCGCGGUCCUCUCCGCAGUGGCUUAUCUGCACGACCAUGGUAUCGUUCAUCGCGACCUGAAGCCAGAAAAUCUCCUGUUCCGCACCCCAGACGACGAUGCAGACCUGUUGAUCGCAGACUUCGGUCUGUCGAGGAUCAUGGACGAAGAGCAAUUCCAUGUCCUCACAACGACAUGCGGCACGCCGGGAUACAUGGCUCCCGAGAUCUUCAAAAAGAGUGGCCAUGGAAAGCCAGUUGACAUCUGGGCCAUCGGCGUGAUAACCUAUUUCCUCCUAUGCGGUUACACCCCCUUCGACCGCGACUCCAACCUGGAAGAGAUGCAGGCCAUCCUUGCAGCCGACUACUCCUUCUCCCCCGCCGAAUACUGGCACGGCGUCUCCCAAGCAGCCCGCGACUUCAUUAGACGCUGCUUAACCAUCGACCCCAAGGGCCGAAUGACCGCCCACGAAGCCCUCCAGCACCCCUGGAUUGACCCGCCCUACAAAACAGACGCGACAUACGUUGGCUCCGGCCAAGACCUCCUCCCGACAGUCAAGAAGAACUUCAACGCGCGGCGGACGCUGCAUAGAGCUAUUGAUACCGUCCGGGCUAUUAAUAAGUUGCGUGAGGGUGGUGGGCUUAUGGUUGAUAAUGUGAUGGGUGUUAAUCCGAAGCCGGAGCGGGUUAAUGGCAGUGAGAUUGUGGAGGAGCAGCCAUCGCAGCCGCCGCCGCAACCUGUGAAUAAGCAUAUAGAUAGCCGUGGAAAUGCGCGGGGUCAAACGGAGGAACAGAUUAAAGAGCAGGAGCGGAGGGUUAAGGAGAUGGUGACUGGGUUGUGGAAGGGUUCUGCCAGGAGAUGAUGGUUUACGCUUUCUUGAUUUGGUUUUUGUUUAUAUUUCAGCAUGACUGGUUUAUGUUUUGAGGCUUUUUGAUAUCAAAUUGACUGCUUCUCUGAUGAAGGGGGCACAAAAUGGCAUUGGAAUUAUAUUGUGAGGGGUCGAGUUAAAUGGUCUGAAUCA